AUGGCACAGAAUCAAAUCAAGGAGGCAGACAUCAUGGUGCUCAUGGCGGCAAUCCAGAACUCUGUUGGCCCAAUCCAGGUCCCGUACUCACAUCAGGUUGACGCCGAAAAGGUCGCGAAACAGCUCGGGAUGAGCCUCUCGACCAUUCCGCCCAAGUUCACGGCGAUCCGCAAGCGAUACAACAUCGACAUCAAGGUCAUCAACUCUGGCGCCUUGCAGCGCAACAGGCAGAACAGUCCCAAGAAGAGGCUCUCGAAUGCUGGUGGGCCGAAGCAGACGGUUCGACUGCUCAACAACUCUCACCACAACUACCACCACGGAGGCGGCCCACCCGCGAUAGGGGAGGAGAUAUGCUUACAGCGGGAUGUGGCUCAGCCUCAAGGGACUUUGUGA